AUGGAUUUCGUGAAGUCAGAAAGCUUCUAUACACCUGCUGAUUUAAUAAUCGCGCAUAUAAUAGCCGCCGCUAGCAAAUUUAAGACCUGUUUAGAGUUAGCAAAACGCCAGGACCUUAUAGAGUGUAUUGCCGAAGAAGUCGAAACGAGCAGGGAAUUAUUUUGCAAAACCGUCAUGGCUUCUUUAUUUGCGAGCAAUACUAUGUUCAAAGACAGUCUCAAGAUGGUUGCACAUGAUGAACUCCUUGGAUUAUCAUGCACAGAUAUUGUAGCAUACAAAAACGCGGUGGAAACACUUUUGACUUUUGUGAGAAAAAACGAAACCGUCGCCAACGAUCUUGAAACGAGAUUCGGAGAAAUAUGCGAUAGAUUGAAGGCUUCUUCGAAUAAUAUGAGAGAUUACUUGGAAACCCUCGACGAUAAAGAGGAAGAACUGAAAUGUUUACAACGAGGUAAAAGCAAUUCAGCUACAAAACGGUUAGUCGGGUUAGGGUUGGGUAUGGUUUCUCUAGCGUCUAGUAUUUUGGGACCUGAAUCGAUACUUGUGGAUGGUGUAAGUGUGGUUACUGGAAGCAUCGGCGUCAAGACAUUUAUCGAUGCGUCUGCGCAUAUCGAUCGGAUGAAGAAGGAAAUUCAUAAAUUGGAAGUUCAAAUCAACAGCAGAUUGACAGUUAAGUCAUUACAUGAGGCUUUGAAAAGUGCAACGAUGGGAGUUGGUCAGGUGAAAAAUUAUUGGCGGACGCGCGUUUUUGAGAUUGAAGCAUUACUUAAAGACCUUGAUAAUUUUGAACGGCGAGGGCAGCGUCUCAGUGAACUGGAAGCAUGGUGUUUUAAGACAAAAUGGAUACAUUAUCAGAAGGAGUGUGAAGAAUAUGUAGAAAAACUAUGCAAACAUAUUGAAGAACACGUCAUUGUGACGUUUUGA